GCAUCAGAUCCACUGGUAACCUGAAACACUUUUGUAGUAGGCUUUAUAUAAGGGCUUGAGUGUUUGAAUAUUGCUAAUACCCUAGUUUAUCAUCUUUGCUCCAUGUAGGCAUCAGAGUGGUGGAAGGAUGUCAUGGAGAGGCAUGUCCUCAAAGCAUUUGCGGAAGAUAAUCCAUCUAUUAAGGCGUUGGGAUGUGAUUGCAUCUCUCACCUCCCCUCGGAUAUAUUUGAUGACCUGCCUGGCCGACUUCAGAUGUUAAUCAUGUCGCUUGUACUGGGUACAGCCCUCGAUGAGCAUCCUACAGCCCGAGCUGCUGCAUGUCGUGCUAUUGGGGUAUUUAUCCUUUUCCUAUCGCUUCAUGGGGAUACGGGCAACAUGAUAGACAUGGCGAGCACUGUCCUGGGCUUGUGUCAAGACCCCAACUUGAAUGUUCGAGUCCGAGCCAGCUGGGCUGUUGGCAAUUUGAGUGAUUCGUUAGUUCUACUCAAAAACAAGGGAGCAGAAUAUGAUCACAUCUUAGAAGAAGUCUUGACGUUGCCUCUGUGGACACGAAUCAUCAAGACUGCAUUGCUGAUCUGUCAAGACCAUGAAAAGAUCAAAUCAAAUGGUAUUCGGGCCAUCGGAGGCCUUCUUCGUGUCACCUUCGAAGGUAUUCUAGAGCGGGAAAGACAUAGCUUGGUUAAAGAUGCCAUAUAUACCUUAAUCAGACACAUGGAACAAGGGUCUCUUAAGGGUCGCUGGAAUGCAUGUUACGCUAUGCAAAACGUAUUGCUUAAUCCAGACUUUCCGAUCGGAUCUACUGCGGGCACUAGCUAUGCUCUGGACUCGCCUAUGGUUUCGUGGACAAAGGACAUCUACCACGCACUUUUACAGGCUAUUCAACAAAGCAAAAACUUUAAGGUCCGAAUUAAUGCUUGUGCGGCGCUUGCGGUGCCAAAAACGAGAGCCAAAUAUGGUGAUCAAGCCAUGCUUCGGCACAUGGUUCAGGUACUCAUGUGCGCAGUCCAAAGCCUAGAUGAGAAACAAGAGGAUCAAGAAUUUGGCGAAUUCCAGUAUCGAGAUCUACUAGAAAAUAAGCUGUUAAGAUGUUUAGAUCAUCUACUACAGCUAACUGGGGGUGUAGCAAGUUUGGAUCUGGAGCUAGAUCCAACUUUACGCCAGAGAAUAGUUGCCAGCCGCCUACCACCACCAUCAUCUGAGCCUGCGAUCGAGUCGGUGUCACAGGAGUCGGCUAUCUCAUAGUAAAUUUUAUCUCUGACCCAUGCAGAUUAAAAAGAUACGCGUCUAUGUCCUUGCCGUAUUGUUCAUUACACGAGGCCGGGCAAUUAAUCUGCGGCUUUUAUUGCGGUACACGAUUCCAAACAGCCAACAGUAAACAAAAGCAACAAAACAUCAUCUCACUUCUUACAGAGCCAAUGGGAACCUAGGAGAAAUACGUGCGCAGAGAGGUUAGAAUGGGCUUGAUCUUGAACCUUGCGGCUUUAGAGCUUACCGCGCAGACACCUUUGAUUAGAUGAUCAAAGGUCAAGAGGAUGGUAAUUUAGAGAAAGAUAUACCCAUCUACGCUAAUAGCAUAGCUCUCUCGACAUAUUAUAUCCUUUGUCCUGACUCUAUCGGCUUAUUAAGGACUUCAGUUGUAAGAAAUAAAG